CCCGGCGAAAAUUCUGGGGAUGCAUGCGUUUGAGGUGAAGAACGGGGACGCGCGUCUGUCAGAUCUCAGCUAGUAUUCCUGCUCUCUCUCUCUCUCUCUCUCUCUCUCUCUCUCUCUCUCUCUCUCUCUCUCUCUCUCUCUCACACAUACACACACACACACACACACACACAGCAUCUGGAGGAGAUCGGAGAGCGACGCGACGGUGGACAGGUGAAGAUGGAGAAAGUAUUAGGACUCGCCGUGGUGUCCAGUAUUUUAUGUGUCGGCUCGGUUUUAGGGAAAUACGUCAGAGGUAUCGUCAACACAAAAGAGGACUGGGUUUUCCUCACAAGAUUUUGCUUCCUGACUGAUUUUGGCCGACUGAACUUCAAGUUCCGAUACCCCAAGUCCCGAUGCUGUCAGAACAUAUUGCUCUACUUUGAUGAAAGCUCUCAGUGGCCAGCUGUGUACAAGAGGCCGGACAAGGACUGCUACCAAAAAGAGUCGGUAUUGAGGCCUGAAAAUAACCAGGUCAUCAACCUGACCACCCGCUACACCUGGUCUGGCUGUAUGGUGGAAGGUGAAGGUAAUGAAGAGAUGCUGAGUUGUGUAGGAGGGCGAAGCUUUCGUUCUGUCAGAGAGAGAUGGUGGUACAUUGCGCUCAGCAAGUGUGGGAUGAAGAGGCUCAGUUCUGCAUUUGGCCAUCUUCAGAAGGCAGGAGAUGGGCUGCAGCUGGAAUAUGAAAUGACAUUAACCAAUGGACAGUCCUUCUGGACCCAGCAUUUCUCUGCAGAUGAAUUUGGCAUCCUGGAGACAGACAUCACGUUCUUGGUUAUAUUCGCUACUGUGUUUACACUGUCUUGUUAUUUUGCUUAUAAUUUAAAGGGAAGACAGCUGCUCCAUACGACCUAUAAGAUGUUUAUGACUGCGGCUGGAGUGGAGGUCUUAAGCCUACUUUUCUUUUGCAUUUACUGGGGCGUUUAUGCCAGAGAUGGUGUUGGAAAUGGCAGCCUCAAGAUAUUAGGGAAAUUACUCUUUUCUGUGAGCUUCCUGAUUUUCUUGCUCAUGCUGAUUCUCCUGGGGAAGGGAUUCACAGUCACCAGAGCAAGAAUAAGUCACAGUGGCUCUGUGAAAUUAUCCAUUUAUAUGACUAUAUACACCAUCAUGUACAUCAUCCUCUUCAUAUAUGAAGCAGAGUUCUUUGAUCCAGGCGAGGUGCUGUAUGCUUAUGACAGCCCUGCAGGGUACGGUCUAAUGGGUCUGCAGCUGCUUGCCUACGUAUGGUUCUGCUACGCUGUGCUGGUGUCCCUCAAACACUACCCUGAAAAACAACCUUUCUACAUCCCCUUCUUCACUGCGUACACUCUGUGGUUUUUUGCUGUGCCAGUCAUGGCUCUGAUUGCCAACUUUGGCAUCUCUCGCUGGGCCAGGGAAAAGAUUGUGAACGGCAUCCAACUCGGCAUCCAUCUCUAUGCCCAUGUCGUCUUCCUGGCCAUCACACGUCCGUCAGCAGCCAAUAAGAACUUUCCCUACCACGUGCGGACGUCACAGAUUGGAAUCCUUCUCUCCAGUCCUAAAGGCAUGGGGGCGGAAAGCUUCCCUCAUCAUGCCUAUGGGAAUAGCUCCUUCCUGGGAGACUCUCAGCCAAACUUCACAGAGCUCUUCUCCAUCCACUCAGACCCUGUGAAGACGAUAGACGAGACAGUGGCUCGCAAGGGACAGGAAGUGGCAAGGAACAGCGAGCACAAGAUCAUCACCACAACGGCAGACCUGUCGAAUACCUUCGCCUCUCUUCCUCCUCCCAUACCACCACGCAGCUCUGCACACUCCCCCCCUCCUCCUAGAUUAACGUCCCACUUCACUGAGUAUUUUAGUAUGCAAGGGGCCAUGGGGAUGGGCUCCAAUACCUAGAGCGGGCCACAGAGGAACGGGCCAUGCGGAAACUACUUUCAAACAUCUAUGAGGUGCAAAAGAGUUCAAUAUUUCAAUAGAUUAGGUUAAGGCAAGCGUGAAAAAGCAAAGCCAUUUUCAAAAAAGUUACCAAACAUCCAUAUCUUUGAAUUUGUAAUGAGAAACGCAAGCUGCAGAACGUCAAGAGAGGGAGUGGGGCAUAACCUGCUCACACAGCCCCUAAAAAAUAAGAAGCAAUAAAUAUUUCAGCGAGAUGACAGAGAGUCACUGGAGAGAGAUAAUAUACAGGCGGUGCAAUAGUGACAGGAGACAAUGGAGAAUCUAGAGUAUAGAUAUUUCAAGCUUAAUGUGACCGUAGGAUAGCAAUGUGUACAGUAACAGUACAGUGAGCUCUUGGCAUUUUUUAGGCUUCAUUCAUUUCAAGAGGUACCGCUAAUAUUUGUAUUUCCAUGCCAUUUUAAUUCAACAGAACCAAGUAUUAAUUUCCCUUGCUACUUUUUUUUUUGAUGUUUUGAGAAUUUAUGUAUACAAUUUGUCUGUAAAGUUGAGACAAUUUAGGUUUUAUAUAUUUUUAUUCACAUUGAAUAAAAGCGAAUACAGCUAGAGACUUUGCAAACUGAUGUUAAACUGCAAUGGCAAGUUAACUGUGGAACAACUAGGCAGUAUUUGUAAGCCAUGCAUGUUUGUGCUUUGUCUACAUUCUGAUAUAUUCAAUGUAAUUUUGGGUGUGCCUAGGUUUCACUGAUAGCAGUCUUCAUUUUGUAUGCAGUACACACUUGUUUAUAGUUACAGUAUGUAGAGCAUAUUUAUCGCAAGCGGAUGAUAAAUGAUGAUAUAUAUGAUGAUGAUAAAUGAUGACUUUAUAUGAGUCUUUAUGGUAUUGUCAAUUCUGUGCAGGAGUGUGUGGAGUUCAAAAACUAUUUGAACAGUUCUGAGUAAUUUUGUUACGUAUUUGUACAUUUAAUAACCCUCACAGCGGUCUUCAGCGGAUAUGGAGAUCUUUUGUUCUGUCAGUGAGUAGAAAGUAAAUUCAUUCGGCCUGCUGGGGUUAUCUUAAGGUUUGUUUACUUGAGUGUCUGAUGAAAAAAAUAGCUCUACUCCUACAGAAACACUUUGUAUUGACAGCAUGGAGCACUUUACUGUUUUGAAACACUAAAUUCAUUAACGUCAGAGACCCGUGAAAAUGCAACCAUAAUGCAAUACAGCGAAAGACAAAUGAACAGGUAAAAUGUGAUUGUUUUACCUGUAAAAUGUCCUUUAUGACUGCUGGUUUUUAUUUAUCUAACAGACAACCAGUUGUGGGUCUUAUUUUGUUAUAUAUCAACAUAUCCUAUAUAAUCUCCAUCUGAAAUUGACCUGCUUUACAUAUAAUCCUAUAAAUUAUGUAAAAAAACUAUGAAAUAUAUUUCAUUAAAAAAAAUCUAGGUUCCCAUGGUUUGAUUUUUUUUUUUUUUUUUUUUUUGUAUUAAUGGAUGUGCUUAAUCAUUAAGCCAUUCCUUUAAUAAACACUGAACUUGUUCUGUCUGGAAGCAACCAGAAAAGAUGAUUUUAAAAGGCUUUGCCAUGAUUUUUUUCAUUUCUUCAGUGAGUGUGCACACCUAGAGAGAGCACACUUUUUGAAUGUAUGAUAGAUAUAUUAGCACAUCACAUCUGGGAGCACAGAUUCAGUUAAGCACAUUUCUGUUGCACUGUUCAUACUGAAUGCAUUUUAAUAGUGUCAAAAGAUUUGGCAGUGCAUACCCUUUUUGCCAAAUUAAAAUGGUCUGUUUUACAACA